GCCACGGCCACCGGAGUACCGACGCCGUUGUGAAUUGCGCUAGCUAAACCGCUCCGCUACUGCAAAAGCUGGAGCUGGAUACUAAGAGCAGAGCAGUGAGCUGAGCGCAGUUGGGGAAACCACCAAACCUCAUUCCGUUGGCCGCUCUUUAGCCAUUGGUGCCAGAUAGAAGGGCACUGCUUCUUCUUUUAUCUUGCCGUGCCGGAGUGAGAGCAUACCUUCCGCCGCCUUGUUUUUUUACCUCGCCUGAGAUCUGUCCAUUUCGAUUCUUUCUCUUCCGGUUUGGGAAGAAUGGAGUACCGCAAAAUCAAAGACGAGGACCAACCUGAUUCGGGCCCUGUUGAUGGCGACAUUGAGAGUUCAAGAGGCAAAUCUCCUGGUAAUCGUUGCAAGUCUAAAUUCCCCCCUUCUAACUUUGUUUCUUUCGUGUAAAGAACUGAAUCGUUUCCUCGCUCUGGAACUGAAUCUUGUUAUUGCAGCUCCAAUCAGUAGUAGUAUUGCUGCGCUUGGAGCUGGUCCGCAAUGGAAGCGCAAAAUUUGCAAUAGGACGAUCGUCACCUUUGCAUUGACUUUUCUUACAAGUUCACAAGCCAUUCUCAUCGUCUGGUCUAAAAGAGCUGGCAAGUAUGAGUAUAGUGUCACCACUGCGAAUUUCCUGGUGGAGACACUGAAAUGCUUUCUAUCGCUUGCUGCCUUGGCUAGAACCUGGAAAAAUGAAGGCGUUACAGAAGAUAACAGGUUGAGUACAACAAUCAAUGAAGUGAGCGUUUACCCUAUUCCUGCUGCACUCUACCUGGUCAAAAAUUUGCUUCAGUAUUAUAUCUUUGCCUAUGUGGAUGCUCCGGGUUAUCAGAUUCUGAAGAACCUUAACAUUAUCAGUACUGGUGUGUUGUAUCGAAUGAUACUUAAGAGAAAGUUAAGUGAGAUCCAAUGGGCAGCCUUCAUUCUUUUGUGUGCUGGGUGCACCACCGCCCAACUGAAUCCUUCGUCUGAUCAUGUUCUUCAAACCCCUUUCCAAGGUUGGAUGAUGGCCAUUGUAAUGGCACUCUUAAGUGGUUUUGCUGGAGUAUACACUGAGGCCAUAAUGAAGAAGCGUCCCUCAAGAAAUAUAAAUGUGCAGAAUUUCUGGUUAUAUGUUUUUGGUAUGGCUUUCAACGCUGUUGCAAUAUUGAUCCAGGAUUUUGAUGCAGUCAUGAACAAGGGAUUCUUCCAUGGAUACUCAUUUGUUACUGUUCUCAUGAUUCUCAACCAUGCACUAAGUGGGCUAGCAGUGUCCAUGGUCAUGAAGUAUGCAGACAACAUUGUAAAGGUGUACUCUACUUCAGUGGCAAUGCUUCUAACAGCAGUUGUCGCGGUGUUUCUGUUUGGCUUUCACCUCUCGCUUGCCUUCUUCCUUGGCACAACUGUCGUCUCUGUGUCCGUUUAUCUGCACUCCGCUGGAAAGCCUCCAAGAUAGUGAAAUAGACGACCAAAGCAACAUCCCUCUCGCGAAAAUGGCCUCUGCAGAAAGAUGCAUUUUGAGAUACUUACUGGCUGAUUGUUCUUCUCCUUGGUUUAGAUUGCCUUUCAGUCACAGAGAUUACAGCAAGUGGAAACCACGACUCAAAAGUAUCAGAUAUAGAUUUUUGAUGGCUUUUGUUACUUGAAAAUACACCACCUCUCAUGUUGUAAUUGGAAUUCAACAUCCUGCGAUCUCUUAUAAUAGAAUAGAGUAGCUUCCAUUAUUCAGUUUCCAAGAUUUCCUUUCUG